CUGCGACCCUGACCCCACCCCCCGGCGACGCGCGGCGGACGGAGCAGCGCCGCCACCAUGAUCACCUCGGCCGCUGGAAUUAUUUCUCUUCUGGAUGAAGAAGAACCACAGCUUAAGGAGUUUGCACUACAGAAAUUGAAUGCGGUGGUCAAUGACUUCUGGGCAGAAAUUUCGGAGUCUGUAGACAAAAUAGAAGUCCUGUACGAAGACGAAGGUUUUCGUAGUCGUCACUUUGCUGCCCUCGUGGCAUCCAAAGUGUUCUAUCACCUGGGGGCAUUCGAGGAGUCCCUGAACUACGCUCUGGGAGCCGGCGACCUCUUCAAUGUCAAUGACAAUUCAGAAUAUGUGGAGACCAUCAUAGCCAAAUGCAUUGACCAUUACACCAAGCAGUGUGUGGAGAAUGCCGAGUUGCCCGAGGGGGAAAGGAAGCCUGUGGACCAGAGACUAGAAGGUAUCGUGAACAAGAUGUUUCAGAGGUGUCUGGAUGAUCACAAGUACAAACAGGCCAUCGGCAUUGCUCUGGAGACCCGCAGGCUAGACGUCUUUGAGAAGACCAUAUUGCAGUCGAAUGAUGUCCCUGGGAUGCUGGCUUACAGCCUCAAGCUCUGCAUGUCCCUGAUGCAGAAUAAACAGUUCCGUAAUAGAGUGCUGAGAGUUCUGGUUAAAAUUUACAUGAAUUUGGAGAAGCCGGACUUCAUCAACGUUUGCCAGUGCUUGAUUUUCUUAGAUGAUCCUCAGGCUGUGAGUGACAUCUUGGAGAAGCUGGUCAAAGAGGACAACCUCCUCAUGGCCUAUCAGAUCUGCUUUGACCUGUAUGAGAGCGCCAGCCAGCAGUUCCUGUCCUCCGUUAUCCAGAACCUCCGUACUGUGGGCACCCCCAUUGCUUCUGUGCCCGGCUCAACCAACACGGGUACCGUGCCCGGGGCCGAGAAGGAGAGUGAGAGUAUGGAAACAGAAGAAAAGGCAGGCCACACAUUUACUGGGAAGUCCCCAGAAGUGAACCCAGAGCCCAAGGACCAGAUAUCAAAAAUGAUUAAAAUUUUAAGUGGUGAAAUGGCAAUUGAAUUACAUCUUCAGUUUUUAAUACGAAAUAAUAACACAGACCUCAUGAUUCUAAAAAACACAAAGGAUGCGGUGCGGAACUCUGUAUGUCACACGGCCACAGUCAUAGCCAACUCAUUCAUGCACUGUGGGACGACCAGUGACCAGUUCCUUAGAGAUAAUUUGGAAUGGCUUGCCAGAGCCACGAACUGGGCAAAGUUUACUGCAACUGCCAGUCUGGGUGUAAUUCAUAAGGGUCAUGAGAAGGAAGCAUUACAAUUAAUGGCAACCUAUCUCCCUAAGGACACCUCUCCCGGGUCAGCCUAUCAGGAAGGCGGAGGUCUCUACGCUUUGGGUCUCAUUCAUGCCAAUCAUGGUGGCGACAUCAUUGACUAUCUGCUUAACCAGCUCAAGAACGCCAGCAAUGAUAUUGUCCGACACGGUGGUAGUUUGGGCCUUGGAUUGGCUGCCAUGGGCACUGCCCGCCAGGAUGUCUACGAUCUGCUGAAAACAAACCUAUACCAGGAUGAUGCCGUGACAGGAGAAGCAGCUGGCCUUGCCCUGGGCCUGGUUAUGUUAGGUUCUAAAAAUGCCCAGGCUAUCGAAGACAUGGUUGGCUAUGCCCAGGAGACCCAGCAUGAGAAGAUCUUACGGGGCCUUGCUGUUGGCAUCGCUUUGGUAAUGUACGGGAGAAUGGAGGAAGCCGACGCCCUCAUUGAGUCUCUGUGCCGGGAUAAGGACCCAAUCCUCCGUCGAUCUGGAAUGUACACGGUAGCCAUGGCUUACUGUGGUUCAGGGAACAACAAGGCCAUUCGGCGUCUGCUGCAUGUGGCAGUCAGUGAUGUCAAUGAUGAUGUCAGAAGGGCUGCGGUAGAAUCCCUUGGGUUCAUUCUAUUCAGAACGCCUGAACAGUGCCCGAGUGUGGUUUCCUUGUUGUCGGAGAGUUAUAACCCACACGUUCGUUAUGGAGCUGCCAUGGCGCUGGGUAUCUGCUGUGCCGGCACAGGAAACAAGGAAGCCAUCAAUCUGUUGGAACCCAUGACCAACGACCCAGUGAACUACGUGCGGCAAGGUGCGCUCAUCGCCUCGGCUCUCAUCAUGAUUCAGCAGACGGAGAUCACUUGUCCAAAGGUCAGCCAGUUCAGACAGCUGUAUUCCAAAGUCAUCAAUGAUAAGCAUGAUGACGUCAUGGCAAAGUUUGGUGCUAUCCUGGCCCAGGGCAUCUUGGAUGCAGGGGGCCAUAACGUCACCAUCUCCUUGCAGUCUCGAACUGGCCAUACCCACAUGCCUUCCGUGGUGGGCGUCCUGGUCUUCACCCAGUUCUGGUUCUGGUUCCCUUUGUCCCACUUCCUGUCCCUGGCUUAUACUCCUACCUGUGUCAUCGGCCUUAACAAGGACCUCAAGAUGCCAAAAGUCCAGUACAAGUCCAACUGCAAACCAUCCACAUUUGCAUAUCCCGCACCACUCGAGGUGCCGAAAGAGAAAGAGAAGGAGAAGGUUUCUACCGCUGUGCUCUCGAUCACCGCCAAGGCAAAAAAGAAGGAAAAAGAGAAAGAAAAGAAAGAGGAAGAGAAAAUGGAAGUGGAUGAAACGGAGAAGAAGGAUGAAAAAGAAAAGAAAAAGGAAGCUGAGCCAAGCUUCCAACUCUUGGAUAAUCCAGCCCGAGUUAUGCCCGCACAGCUUAAGGUCCUCUCCAUGACUGAGACCUGUCGAUACCAGCCUUUUAAACCUCUCUCCAUCGGAGGCAUCAUUAUCAUGAAGGACACCAGUGAGGACCUAGAAGAAUUGGUGGAGCCAGUUGCUGCUCACGGCCCCAAGAUCGAGGAGGAGGAGCAGGAGCCGGAACCACCAGAGCCCUUUGAGUACACGGAUGACUGAGGCCUGGAGAAUCUCAUUCACCCAUUUCCAGAAGAUUGCCGAGUCUGAUAUUGGAAAUAACAUCCAUGAGGAAGUUCCUGCCGAGACCUGCCAUUCAAUGCAUGCACGGUUGCCUCUGUGCUGACCUCGAGAAGCCAGUCUGAAUCUCGGUGGAAGAAAAGCUGGAUGGCUGUUUAGUAUACUCUUACACAAACAAAACGUGGUUUUCAAAUAAACGUAUUAAAAUCUCCA